UCAUUGUACAUGUACCGACCGUACCGUGGCUGCGUUCCACCGACCGUGGAUUCUACGCGGUGGCGUUCCCCCCAUGUGCGUGGAUGGCCAGCUUCAAGUGGAGGCAAUCUAGCAAGAACGCCAGUGCCGGCGCAUUCUAUUCAGCACAACUGCGAGUCUGCCUUGCCUCAUUCCCGCUACACAGUCAGUGCAGUGCAGCUCUAGUUCAAGUAGUUGCGCUCCGCUAGCUGAGGCCAUGAGCUGGCCUUACGGAGUCUCUGAUGAUCGCACUACAUGUACUUGUGAUUUCAAGUGCUGCUUGUGUUAGGUAGCGAAUGGCUUAGUUGUUCGCGUAAUGUUGGGCAGUUGCAACUCCUUAUCUGCAGGUCUAAAACUAGAAGUAGUGAGGGCUUGGAAAAUGCUCUGGUGCGCUUUCGGCCAUGUACAGCACUCACAUCUAGCUGACAACUCCAUGCAACAGUGGUGAACGGAUGUCGAGAGAGCAACAUCGUCCGUCCGCCGUGGCACGACACCAACUCCGCUUGACUUUCAACUUUGCUUCGCCUGUGGCGGAGUGCGACGUGUUGCAGCUCAGGCCUAGCCUGUUUUCUCCAAGAACGUUUCUCAGUGUGACUGUUGGCAGCAGCACGCAGGGCUAGCAGAGCGCACCAGCGUUUUGGCAAUAUUUACGCCAAGCCUUCGAGAGGCGUGGAUCUGCUGGCCGUCGCUCCGUCAGCAGCAGCUUGGGCCAUGAGGGUGGCGAUGCUCGCCUUCGCCCUGGCGUUGGCUUGCUGCGAAAUCAUCCAAUCUGCCACUGUGCAGUAUGAGCAGAUCUCGUUGCUGCGAGCCCACAGCUCGACGUGUUCGGACGCAUCGCGCUGCCCUCAGAUUGAAGAAACAUUUCAGAGUGAGCCGGAUGCUGUUGGUAGAAUCGGUCAUUCUUCUCUCAAGAAAUGGAACGGGCAUAUUCUGGAACUUCAACUUUCUGAGGCAUCGAGUAUUGCCAAGCUGAGCUUCACUUCUGAGUCGCCAUUGGAUACAGCCAUCAUCUCCAUACCUUCCUCUGGUAGCAACGACUUUCUUCAGCACAUUCCCUGCAGUUCACAGUUCAUGCUAUCCAGUGGGAUCGAGCAGCAUCCAGUCUGUGUGCUAAUGGUUGCACUGGAUGGAAAGAUUGAGCUACUGGUGGAGCCGCCUCUACCUGCUGUUAUGAAACUUCAGCUACAACUAUUGGCUGCUGAAGGUCAACAG